UCCACUCUCGCAGUGCAAGUGUCAACGGAAGAUUCUCAAUACCUUAGCACUUCAUUCUGUUCAACACGCCAGGAGCCUUCUGAAUGCCAUCUGCAAAACUGGCAUUCCACAAGAGAGAAGGGUCGGGGUCAUGGAGUCCUCCGCCUGUGCGGGGGCUCCGCCAUCCCAAAAUGGACCCCGACCAGCCAAGAAUGACGAGAAGCUCGCCGAAUGGAGCUCUCAAUCUUGUGUCAAAAAUCGAGCAGGAGAUGGAUUACAGAGAGCUUGCGACGCGCCUGACUGUUAGUAAGAGGAGGGUGCUUGAGGCUGCCGUCAAGCAGCUGUUCAAUCCCAAGAUUGAGGAGGACUGUGGUGUGUGCUGCAUGGUAUUCUGUGUCCAGUUUGAGGAUGGGACGCAGUUGGCAGGAUGCUCCGGCAACUACCAGGAGGAGCUGCAGAAGACCAGAGACGAUGUGGCCCGUGUCGCUCAAAAGGAAGGGCAAAUGUCCAUCGAGAUUGUUGAUCGGAAGGGGAGCCCCAAGCCUUGUGCUGAGCUAUUCGGAAGGAGCAAUGCCACUGGAAAGAGCAAGAGCAGAUUCCGGGAGCUUCAUCCCCUGGUUGCUCGCCUGAUCGCCAAGGUGACCAACGGCAAUGCCCCCAGGUCCAAAUCAAAGGAGCCUGCCUGGUGGCCCAAGGAGCUGUCUGGCAUGUACGCUUCCCGAACCAAGGAAUUCGGCAUCGACGGUUGCGUCGCCGUCCUCGACAGCCUCUUUGCGAAGGUCCGGCACUCGCUCCUCGAGAUCCGCUACCUGCGCUCAAGCCUCGACUGCGACCUCCUUGCCACACUGACCCCAUGCACGCGCGCGACGCUCGGGGCCUACUUUAACUGGCUGGAAGCGGACGCUGAGGAGCCCGGUUUCGUAAACCCUCCCCCAGGAAACAAUGCCCGCCGGUCUGGGCCGGGGGGGAAGCGCAAGAGGGAGCUGCAGCCCCCUGCGCCACUUGAGCUGCCUGCCGCGCACCGCAUUUUUCAGCCUGGGGGGGUGGAGGUUUGCUCCCCGGCAGGGGGGGGACUUCAUGCCAGGAAGUUUAGCGAGGGGCUGCCGACAGAGGAUGACAUGCAGGCGGUGCUCGAGGAGCUGACGAAGCUUGAGGGGAGUUGCGUGCAGCAGGAGAAUCUGCCCUCCCUCCCCGGUCCGUUCGGUAGCACGGGCUCGCUGGCCGCGGCCCUCGCGCGGUCCAACUCUUUUCAGCGGGCGGCGAUGCUGAGCAGCGUGGGGCGCUCAAACUCGUUCACCGCAGCGGCGGCAGCCGCAGCACUGGUCCGCAUCGAUGCGAGCAUGCCCCUGCUCCCCUUGGGGCAGAACAAGAGCAACGUGAAUCCCUCUGAGGGGGACGGCUUGAGCCCCAGGAGCAUUGACGUCACUGCGGCCCUGAGUGGCGACACCGCGCCGGUUCAGAGGUGGGGGGUGGAGGAGCCGAUUGACUUUGCGGGGAGGAUGCUUCUGGGCUGGUGACAACCUUGUUGCCAGCGGGGGGUUUGACGGUCAGGACAUGAAUCAGGUCGAGGCGGCCAAGUAUAUGGAGGAUGUGUGGAUGCAGUCGGCCAUGGAUGUUCUACGACCACUAGAGAUGGCGCCAUAAAAGGGUUUGGAAAGUGCAAUGUAUUACAAGGCAUCUGUUUGUAAGAUGGGGAUUACGACGCUGUUUUGGGAGGAGCAUUGUGUCUUACGAGUACGAUAGGCCCGCUCGUCCCUGUUUGUUUUGCUAGUCGGCGACAAUCAGGUCCCAAGUAGCGCCUCCAGCAGGGGCCUACUAUUCAGAGUAAAGAGUAAAACGACCUCUCGAGGAAGCACAUGAAUCGCCCUUCCUGCAAACUUGGGGUGGCAACUCUGGAGGACUUGGGCGAAUAGUAAUUUGUGGAUUUUUCUGCGUCUACAUCAAAAGAUUUCCGUCACCGAAUAGAAAAUGAACUUCUUCCCUGGUGAAACAUAUGAUGCUUUCAGUUGGUAUUUGAAGGGCUCCAUCUUGUAUGCAGAUGUUUUGGUACACAGUAACAUCCGUGAAGCUGAGUACACUUUAGACAAAUUAAACCAUGUAGGAUACAUAGCGGUGGCCAAAACGGACAGAAAAUACCGGAACAACAAUCCACACAAAGCAUUCAGACGCACAUUUAAAGCACUCGAGGAAAGGGUGAUUGCUGUUUCUUUGGACGUUGUACGCACCAGGACGGGUGCUGAGCUGGUGUUGAGGAAUAUGGACAAAUACUUUAGCAAUAACAUCGACCGUUACAAGACACAGAAACAUUUAUUGGCUUCGCUUCCUCACAGCAGAUAAUUUGCCUGGUAGAUUCUGGGCACACCGGUCCUUUCCAAAAUCCCCUCAUG